CUUUUAAAUAUUGCUUUUCGCCCUACCAAGAUGGCGGCCGUGGGGCGAGUCGGCUCCUUCGGUUCCUGUCCGCCAGGAUUAACCGCGACUUACACAGGCGGCCCCCUAGCCAACGAGCUAGCGUCGGGCAACGGCGGCGCCGCGGCAGGCGACGACGAGGACGGACAGAACCUUUGGUCCUGCAUCCUCAGUGAGGUCUCCACCCGCUCGCGCUCCAAACUCCCCGCGGGGAAGAACGUGCUGCUGCUGGGUGAAGAUGGAGCUGGAAAAACAAGCUUAAUAAGAAAAAUUCAGGGAAUAGAGGAGUACAAGAAAGGAAGAGGAUUGGAAUAUCUGUACUUAAAUGUUCAUGAUGAAGACAGGGACGAUCAAACAAGAUGUAAUGUAUGGAUCUUGGAUGGAGACCCAUAUCACAAAGGCCUCCUUAAAUUUUCACUGGAUGCCAUUUCUCUGAAGGACACUCUGGUUAUGCUGGUUGUUGACAUGUCAAAGCCUUGGACUGCUUUGGAUUCUUUACAGAAAUGGGCAAGUGUUGUUAGAGAACAUAUUGACAAAUUGAAAAUUCCUCCUGAAGAAAUGAAAGAAAUGGAACAAAAGUUGGUGAGAGAUUUUCAAGAAUAUGUUGAACCAGGAGAAGAUUUCCCAGCUUCCCCUCAGAGAAGAAGUACCGCGUCACAGGAGGACAGGGAUGACAGCGUGCUCUUGCCUCUGGGUGCGGACACGCUCACACAGAACCUGGGCGUUCCAGUGCUAGUGGUGUGCACAAAGUGUGAUGCCAUUAGUGUGUUGGAGAAAGAACAUGACUACAGAGAUGAGCAUUUUGAUUUUAUUCAGUCACAUAUCCGGAAGUUUUGUUUACAGUAUGGUGCAGCACUUAUAUACACUUCAGUAAAAGAAAAUAAAAAUAUAGAUUUAGUAUAUAAGUACAUCGUCCAGAAACUCUAUGGAUUUCCUUAUAAGAUUCCUGCUGUUGUUGUGGAAAAAGAUGCAGUAUUUAUUCCAGCAGGGUGGGAUAAUGAUAAGAAAAUAGGAAUAUUACAUGAAAACUUUCAAACGUUAAAAGCAGAAGAUAAUUUUGAAGACAUCAUAACUAAACCACCUGUCCGAAAGUUUGUGCAUGAGAAGGAAAUUAUGGCGGAAGAUGACCAAGUGUUUCUUAUGAAGCUACAGUCCCUUUUAGCAAAGCAACCACCAACUGCAGCUAAGGCCUGUGGACGCCUCACCAAGAGUCCCAGAGGCUCCCCUCGAACACCAAACAGAUCUGUGUCAUCCAACGUUGCUAGCGUGUCACCCAUCCCUGCUGGGUCAAAAAAGAUUGAUCCAAACAUGAAAGCUGGAGCUACAAGUGAAGGUGUCCUGGCAAAUUUCUUUAACAGUUUGCUGAGUAAGAAGACUGGCUCCCCAGGAGGCCCUGGUGUUGGAGGUGGCCCUGGAGGUGGGGCUGCGGGCGGAGGCGGCGGUUUACCAUCGUCUGCCAAAAAGUCAGGCCAGAAGCCCGUCCUGUCAGACGUCCAUGCGGAGCUGGACAGAAUCGCACGGAAACCAGUGACAGUCUCCACUACCACACCUACAUCUCCUGCGGAAGGAGAAGCUUCUUGAAGAUGCCAAAUAAAGCCAUUUAUUCACUUUCUGGGAUAAUGUAAACUUGCCUCUGCCUUCUCCUUCAGAAGUGGGAUUAGGGAGCUGGAGUGCUUUUUCAGAUGGACUAAAUUUAUGUCCUUUUUUUGUGUGUGUGGUUGCCCAUUUUUUAAUAAAAGGGAACUAUACAGAAAAAAUUA